AUGAAUAAUCCGAAGAAGGCGGUGGUCGAGGACCGGUGGCCCCAGCAGUGGAAAUUCAUUGCGGCGGUCUCCUUUGUUUGCAUCCUGUUGGCGUCCCUCAUAGCGAUGGCGGCGUGCGUCCUUCUCCUCCCUAAAGACAUCCAAUACUCUGUCGACCGAGCCAGAGCCGUCCGCCUCCCCACCACGAACCUCAGCUUCACAGUCCGAGCCAACAACCCCCACAGGCUCGGAUUCUCGUUCCACUACGACCGCAUAGAUGCAAAGGUCAAGUACGCGGACCGCUUGCUGGUCUCUGCCGACCAAGUAAUCCCCCCAUUCCACCAGCCGCGCAGGAACGUCACCCUUCUCAAUCUCAACUUCAAUCUCAAUCUCAAAAACCACACGGAACUCACAAAUUCGGGCUACUUGAAUUUGACGCUGGAAAUUACGACGAAGCUGAGGUUGGAUCUCGGGCUGCUCAAGCUCAUUCACAGGCAGCAGAACAUCACGUGUGGGUCCCUCCUAGUGCCCUUCUCCGGCCCUUUCCACAGGGUUGUGUGUGUUGCGCAUAUGAGUGGCUGA